AUGAUGUUUGUUCUAGCAAUCACAGGAGUGAUCUUCUACAAGAAGCAUAACCAAGCAAAAAGAAAAGCAAAUGAGGCUAAAAUUAAUAAGAGAAAAGAAGACUUAAGUGUGAAAGCUAGUGCUUUAUCAUCAAGAAUCUUCAUCGGUAGAGAGAUAAGAAAGGCAACGAACGAUUUCUCCCGAGAAAAUUUGAUUGGAAUUGGUGGAUUCGAUGAAGUGUUCAAGGGGACAUUCGAUGAUGGAACCGUGUUUUCCAUCAAGCGUGCGAAGCUUGGAAGCACCGAAGGCAUUGAUCAGAUGCGAAACGAGGUUCGAAUUCUGUGCCAAGUAAACCACAGAAGCUUGGUGAAACUCCUUGGUUGUUGCUUGGAACUUGAACACCCUUUGCUAAUAUACGAGUACGUUUCAAAUGGGACCCCUUUUGAUUACCUUCAUAGCCAUUCUUGUGGCACAAGGGAACCCCUGAAAUUGCACCAAAGACUCAAAAUUGCACACCAAACAGUCGAAGGGAUUUCAUAUCAACAUCAAAGCUUUGCAGAAGUUGUGACCACAAGGAGUAGUAAUGGGGUACUACAUCACCUUGCGGCAAAUUCUGACGCGCCUAUGCUCACAAGAGCCUUUGCCACCAAAGCCAAUGCGCCUCCGUGCAACACCUUGAAGGACUUCACCAUGUGCAAAAUUAAACCAUAA